ACAGAGGAACAUGAGAACGAGAGAAAAAGCAAAGCACUAGAAACCCCCCACAAAAAAAGCAGCAAAAAAAGAAGCUCCUUUUGAUUUUUUACUCAGAUCAUUUCCAGUUUCCUGAAGGUGUAACAAUGGCUGAAAUAAUUGGAAUCCUCAAGCUCGAAGCUUGGAGCAUAUUGUAGAAGAAGAAGAAGGAAUAAAUAAAUUUCGCUUCUUCGCUCCUUUUUUUCUGGGUUUUUUUAAGUUCCCUUUUUUUUGUUGACCGAGAAAUGGGAUUUCGGGGCAUGAUCGCCGGAAACUUGGACCCCGAGAGGAAACAGAGUGGCGGACUGAGAACGAAACAGGCCGGAAGAGGAUCUUGCCGUGGAAGUUAGUUCCGUUCAUCACUUCACUCCAAUAAUUUUGAUUUUUGCUGCUGAAAAUCUUGCCUUGUCCGAGCUUGCUUCCGGGUUUACUAAAGCUCGGCCGGAGGGUUUUGUCGCCGGAGGAGCAGAUUGGAGGAGAGAGAGAGAGAGAGAGGUAAGGGAUGGGGGUUUUGCUCAGAGAAGCGUUGAGGACGAUCUGUGUGAACAACCAGUGGUCUUAUGCUGUUUUUUGGAAGAUCGGCUGUCAAAAUGCAAGCUUGCUGAUUUGGGAGGAGUGUUACCACGAGACGAGCCCCAGCCCGAGCUCGCUUCCUCCCAGAAUUUCUGGAUUCAGCUCAUCCGAAAUCGACACAAGUGGGAACGAAAAAGUUCCUUUCUUGACUAACCGAAUGAUGUUGAACAAUCGGAUUAUUCUUGUAGGCGAAGGAUUAGUCGGCCGAGCUGCGUUUACAGGGCACCAUCAGUGGAUCUUAGUGAAUGGUUUCAACCGUGAUCUUCAUCCCCCCGAGGUUAUAAACGAGAUGCUACUCCAAUUCUCUGCUGGUAUUCAGACGGUUGCAGUUGUUCCUGUUGUCCCUCAUGGUGUCGUUCAACUCGGUUCUUCUUUCCCUAUCAUGGAGAACUUGGGCUUCGUGAAUGACGUAAAGGGUCUAAUCCUGCAACUCGGAUGUGUUCCGGGAGCUCUUCUGUCUGAACAUUACAGGCCACAAGAAUCUGCAGAUCUAAUGGGAGUGCCUGUGUCCCGGAUAUUACCGUCGCAAGCUCACAAGGUCCUCAAACCUGCGGAUUUGGUUACCGGGACUAGCAAACAACGUUUCAACUCAUCUGAACCGAAUCUUAGAGGUGAUCUAAAGGUUGAAGAUCCCGGUAAUCUUGUUGAUGAACGAAUGAGAAGUGCAAAUCAUGGAGGGCCACUGGAAAUAUGGCAAAACACGGCGGAUUUUCUAGCAUCUGAAGCAGUAACUUCAAACCCCGACGUGUGGCUGAACGAAAACUUUCUGUCGAUGCUUAACACCGGGGUGGAGCAACAGAUUCCGCCAUUCCCAGGAUCUCAAGAAAAUGGCACCAAUCAAAAUGUGAAAAGGGAAUGCUCGGUUACUCAAGCAUUUUUUGGUGAUCUCAGUUCCAAGAUCUCAGCAGGAAGUGACUUGUUUGAUAUUUUGGGUUUGGAUCAUAAGGAGAAAGGAUGUGAUGACGGUGGUUGGGGUGUUUCGAAGAUCGACGGGCCAGAAACGAAAACUGAAAUCCUUACAAAGGAAUUUGCGGACCUUAUGAACACUGCAGAAAUGGAUUCUGUGAUUUAUUCGGGAUACGAGGUUUUGGGGACCGAUCAUCUCUUAGAUGCCGUGGUCUCGGGUGCUCGCUCAGGUUCCAAGCAGAUUUCAGAUGACACCUCUGAAUCAUGUAAGAACACAUUCAACAAAGUCAGUAACUCUUCCGUUAACACCACAUCAAACAACAGCUACCAUGUAGGGAAUGUCGAGAUCCCGAAGGCGGAAAAGAAACAAGAGAUUCCGGGUUCAUCAAGGUUCAGUAAGGAUAAUAGUUUGGGAAGUUGUUCUCAGACAACAUCAACUUACGGAUCUCAGAUCAGUUCGUGGGUUGAACAAGCUCACAGCUUGAAGCGGGAGAGCAGUGUAUCCACGGGAUAUUCCCGGAUGAAUAAGAAUGAAAACCCGAAACCAGCAAACCGUAAAAGGCUUAAACCUGGAGAAAACCCUAGACCUCGGCCUAAGGAUCGGCAGAUGAUCCAAGACCGUGUCAAGGAGUUGCGGGAAAUCAUACCCAAUGGUGCGAAAUGCAGUAUAGACGCCCUUCUUGAACGUACAAUCAAACACAUGCUGUUCUUGCAAAACGUUACGAAGCACGCCGAUAAGCUGAAACAAUCUGGAGAGUCCAAGAUGAUGGAAGGAGGGUUCGGAGGAGGGGCGACGUGGGCAUUCGAAGUCGGGUCACAGUCCUUGGUCUGUCCCAUUGUUGUGGAGGAUCUCAACUCGCCUCGCUGUUUCCAAGUCGAGAUGCUGUGCGAACAACGUGGAUUCUUUCUGGAAAUCGCCGAUUGGAUCAAAAGCUUAGGAUUGACCAUCUUGAAAGGUGUCAUGGAAACUCGUAAUGACAAGAUCUGGGCACGCUUUGUCGUCGAGGCGAACCGGGAUGUGACGAGGAUGGAGAUAUUCAUGCAGCUGGUGAACAUUUUUGAGCAGACGAUGAAAUUUGUCGGACCGACGAACAACAUGAUGGACGGUAUGAACGCUACAAUGCCCAUGACCGGUUUCCCUCAGACAGCCACAACCAUUCCGGUAACCUGGGGAUGGUUAUAA